GUGUUAAUAUUUGUAUGGACAAUCUCGAUGACUGUGACGUCAACGCUGACUGUACCUAUCUUGGUGGAGACAGUUAUACAUGUGAAUGUCGUGAUGGAUUUGAAGACAUUGGAAGUGGACUUAUCGGAGAAUGUGAAGAUAUCGACGAAUGCUUUAACAUGACCAUUUGUGAUGACGUCACUAAACAGUGUGUAAAUACGAAUGGUUCAUUUUACUGUGAAUGUAGACCAGGGUUUCACUACAAUACAAUAGAUGACACAUGUGAAGAAUCCCAAAAAGUACAAGGAGAAUUUAUUAUCGUUAAUGAGGAAUACAAAGAGAAUUAUGCUAAUCCGAAUUCUAUUGAAUACAAACAAUUUGAGGAACAGUUUAAAACUGCAAUGAACGGCAUCUACAAGAAUUCAGAAACUACAAAAUACACUUAUCAGGAGACAGAACUUCUUGAAUUGUUGAAAGGUAGUGUGAAACCAGUGUAUACCUUGGUGUUCAACGAUGACGCCAACAUUGAUACGUUAGCACUAGAAGCAUUGCUAUUUGAGAGCUUAGAUGAUGGAAUGUUGGAUACAGGAAUUGAUAUGUGGCAGAUUCCGCCAUUCACAAUAAGCUACACAGAUUUUGAUGCAUGUGACUAUGAUGAGUUAAACGAUUGUAGUGAUAAUGCAAACUGCCAUACAUUAUCUGAUGGGAAGUUCAAUUGUUCGUGUAAGAAUGGAUUUGAAGAUCUGAACACCGCGUAUCCAGGGCGUUAUUGUGAAGCGCUGACAACAACAACAACAGAAUCUCCUGUAGAAAAACUUCCCCAAGACGAUACUGAUGCCAUGCAGAUUGUGCUUGGUGUACUUGUGGCAGUAUUGCUACUAGCUAUCAUACUUAUUGCGGUGUUUGCAGUUUACCAAUAUUGCCAACGCAGGAGCGAAAAACAAUCCUACAAUGCAGCUGGGCACUUAACGGCAAUUCAGCCGAACGAUUACGUUAUUGAUUCUUUGAAUGAUGGAGGAGGGUGGGACGAUUUUGGUCUCGGAAGUUUUGACGUCGACGGGAGGUUGACGAGAAGUUAUUCAGGCAGUACAGGGUCCCUGAACACAGCAGACGAAAGGCAUAUCGCUGCAGUAAUUGAACAUGCACCUGAUUUGAACGAACACAUGGAUAGAAGAUUCUCAGUUACACCAAGGCCAUCGUACGAUUUACAUGAAAGUACGUUUGGUACUCCUCGUAUAGACGAGAGUGACAUUCAACCAGACGUUGAGGGUAGCGAUUCGUCAGCACCAUCCAUCUCUUUCCGACGACCGCCGUUACGUCCAGAUCUUUCAGGAAUUCCAGAAGAAAGAAUCACACUUCCUCGGCCACGUCCUAUCCAUGUGUAUGGCAAAC